AUGAGCUGCCGGGACCCAGCUGGCCCACCACUCUGUUCUGGUUGUUUGUCAAAGGAUACGCGGACAAGACGCACUUUCCAGUGCUUUCAGAAGCGUCUGUACGGACCCAUCUGGCGCUCCAGGUUCGGACCGUUCGACAUCGUCAACGUGGCGUCUCCGGAGCUCAUAGCUCAGGUGAUCCAGCAGGAGGGCCGCUACCCGGUCCGAGUGGAGCUGCCUCACUGGAAGGAGUACCGGGACCUGCGGGGGCAGGCGUACGGCCUGCAUGUGGACACAGGACCACAGUGGCACCGGAUCCGCAGCGUCCUGAACCCAAAGAUGCUGAAGCUGCAGGAGGUGUCGGCCUACGCCGCCCCCAUCCAGGAGGUGGUUGGAGAUUUGCUGCGACGCAUCGAGUUCCUGCGCAGUCGCAGUCGGGACGGGGCCACGGUUUCGGACCUGGCAGCCGAGCUCUACAAGUUCGGCUUUGAAGGCAUCUCCUCCGUCCUGUUCGAGACCAGGCUGGGCUGCCUGGAGGAGGAGAUUCCUCGCGACACUCAGCGCUUCAUCGCCGCCGUCAACGACAUGAUGAUGCUCUCGGAAACCGUGAUCAUCUUCCCCCGCUGGAGCCGCAGCAUCCUGCCGUUCUGGAGGCGCUUCGUCCGGGCCUGGGACGACCUCUACGACGUCGCGCGGACGCUCAUCGACAGGCGGGUGGCUGAGAUCCAAGCUCAGGUGGACGGCGGCGAGGCGGUGGCGGGACGGUACCUGACCUACCUGCUGGCGUCGGACAGGCUGAGCAGAGCGGAGGUCUACAUCAGUGUGACGGAGCUGAUGCUGGGAGGGGUGGACACGACCUCCAACACCUUGUCGUGGGCCUUGUACCACUUGGCGAGGGACGGCCGGGCGCAGGAGCGCCUGCACGGAGAGGUGAGCGCGGCGUGUCCCGGCAAACGAGAGCCCACCACAGACGACCUGAGAAGGAUGCCCUACCUGAAGGCCGUCAUAAAGGAGACGCUACGCCUGUAUCCUGUGGUCCACGGAAACGGGCGAUUUAUUUCAGAGAAUGAGGUGGUCGUGGACAACUACUGGUUCCCCAAGAAGACUCAGUUCCAUCUGUGCCACUACGCGGCCUGUCACGACGAGGCGGAGUUCAGAAACGCUGAGGCCUUCGUCCCGGAGCGCUGGCUGCGCGUGGAGGCUCCCAGCUGCCGGCGGGGCAGAGCCACGCCGGGCUUCUACCAGCACCACCCCUACAGCUUCAUCCCCUUCGGCGUGGGCGUGCGAGCCUGCGUGGGGAAGAGGCUGGCGGAGCUGGAGAUGUACUUCGUUCUGUCCCGGCUGAUGCAGCAUUACCAAGUGGAGCCUGAAGCCGGGGCGCCGACCGUGCAGCCCAAAACCCGAACGCUGCUCAUCCCGUCGAAGCCCAUCGGCCUGCGCUUCCUGCCCAGAGCCUGAUGGGGCACUGAUCCCCGGCAGCGGCGGGACUUCACAGAACUCUGCCUAUUUUAUCAUUCAUAUCAUCAGGACACCGUCUAAUAUAAGGCUACAUUUUGAAAAACUAAGUUGGAAUAAAUACAUUUUCUUGAAGGGAGUUCUGCAAAUUCUUAUCUUUUUAAAAAGAUUUGGAAAACAGCAACGUUUUACAAAAUGUAGCCAGUUAAAGCUACCUCAUCGUAUGGUUUGGAUGUUUCUGCGGCAGGAGCCGCCCCCGAGUCUGUUGGUUCUUGAACUUUCCAUCUCUGCAGCAGCGCAGCUGGAAAAACCACACGAGCUCCAUUUCUCUGGAUGCUUUCUGCUGCGCUGCUGCAGACGCUCAGCCACAGUUGUUUCCGGAGAAGAAGCCAGCUGGGAGUUCUGGGGGGACUGUGUCAUCUGUGCAGAGAAGGACACUUUACCAGCUACUUUAGUGGAGUAGCAGGGUCUGUUUCUUGAUCUUAAACCCCCUCAAGUCUUAAUCUUGUUGAGGUGAUAUGGACCCGGGCCCUUGUUCACAGAAAAACUGUGUGUGUGCAAGUGUGUGUGCGUAUGUGCGUCAGCCUGAUGACUCAGUGCACUUUGUAACAAACCCAGAAAGAGUAGCUUUUUUUAUCUGACUCAAGUUUUAAGUGACGUAAAAGAACAGCUGGUGAUUAGGAGGAACUGAGUUUGAAGGUCAACUGGUUCAUAACUCAUCCUGGAUUACAGUUUAUAUCCAACACAAACAUUCUUCUUAGAUAAAACGUGUAAUACAAAGUUUCCGUUUUGUUUUUCCUGCGAUCAACACGGUUUGAAACAGUUGAAAUGGUUUCAAAAUGUGGAAGUCCAUCAGACUGUUGUGAAAGCUGUAAAAGCUGCUGAAAUGCUUUCGCAAAGACAUUUUAUGUUUUCUAUGCAUGUUUAUGUCCUCACAUUUCUAAAGAACUGUAAAAAAAACUAAGUAAAGCUUAACAAUGAUGUUAAUUGUAAAAAAAAACUAAUUUUAAAGUUUAUUUUCUGAAUUAUGUACCUGCAGUAUUUUUAUAGCCAUUUCUAACCUGAAUGUGCUGCUUGUUUGAUGAGCUUUAUCUGUAACAAAUAAAUGUGGAAGUGGCUGCUGGUGGAGAUGAUGUCAGGUGUUUUAUUUUAAAAAGGUCAACAUUCAUCACAAUUUACUUCUGCAGACUAAUCCAAGAGGCUGCUGUUUAAUGUCCCUGUGUAGUGUGUGAAUGGUGCUUUUUGUUUAAACCAGUGGUCUUCAACCCUGGUCCUCAGGACCCCCUGUCCUGCAUGUG